AUGGCUCGCGAGAUUCUCAAGGCGGCAAAGUCCGCAUCGAAUGUCAUCGCUGUUCAUAAGGUAAAGAGCUCUAAUAUACAUUCCAGAUCGGGGUAUUAUCUAAAGUUCCAUUCCCGCCAGAAAUACACACUUCAAUCCACCGGCAUCUGGGAGCGUGUUCGCCGCUUUCUUUCGAUUGAUCCCAAUCGCUCAACAGGUGUUCCAUUGAACGCCCAAUAUCGUCUACCGACCCCCGGAGCUCUCCCUCCUCUUUCCUAUGACGAUCCGGUUACCGUUCCGGCUGGUGAUAUUGCCGACAACCCUUAUUGGAAGCGUGAUAUUCGGAGGAGUUACCCUAAGCUUAGCACUGUGAGCCAAGCAGAUUCUGUCGGUCUUCUCACCGUAGGCAGCCAGGCAGCACCAAAGGAUGAUAUUCUACAGAUUGGUGAAGCAGGAGAAAAGCAACUUAUCUCUAUCAAGCAGCAGGGAGAAGAACGCGGUCUGGCUGGCCUUUUUGAGAAGGAUAAGAAGGGCAUUCAGGGUGUCUUAAAGGCCAAUGGUUUGCCGCCGAAGCCUUGCAAUAUGAACCCGUCAGGUUCCAAGUAUCAGCUUGAUCAUGACCAUGGCUACCCCAAUGCAUAUCCCUGCCGCACAUUUGUUUGA